AUCAGUCCGAGACAUAAACCGAUAAAUAUAUCACUUUUCCCAACGGAGGAAACACCCCUUUAUUUUGAAUUACAAAUGACAUCCAUGCCUGAUAUCACUCGCGUACCUUAAUGCUAAAAAAUUAGCCGCCGUGUUGUGUAUCGCUAGCUGUUUUGCUAGCUGUUUGUUUAGCUAGCUGCUAUCAUCACGUCGCUAUCUGACUGCUCCACAAACACACCGCCUCUGUGGCUAUGAGUACGGAUCUACUAUCUGAUUUGGACACUCGUUUCUUCGCUGAUAACCUCCUGACAAGCGAAGACUGGGAUGCCUGCCUGUACCAGUGCGAGAGUAUGGAGGAGGGGGAGGACGCGGACUUCAGCCGGGGACUGAAAUACGAACCCUCGUUUGAAACGACCUCGUGCUCACCUCCCGUCCUGACAACCCCCCCCAAGUCGCACUGGCGACACUGGACACACAACUGGCUCAACAGGUAUAACGAGACCGGACUACUCUCCUGGCGCUCACGUCUGAACCCCUCACACCCCUGCCUCGGAGAAGCUCCCGUGAUAAAAAAUGAGAUGACCAUCACUCAGCCGCUACCCGUGGAGAUGUUGUUCCAGGUGAAAGCUGAGCCUCCCUCCCCGGCGUCCUCCCUCGCGUCCGACUGCUCUGCGUCUUCUCCGGACCCCCAGAUCACGGUUAAAGGUGAAAACCCUCCGACUCCCCCGUACAUGUACGGAGACGUGCUGUCCCCCCCGCUGGGCUCCCUGGAGGUCACCGUGGCAACAAGCGCCGUACCCCGACCACAGACGCAGCUCCAGACGCCGCUACCGGCCCCGAUCCCGGCGGCCAUCGGUGGGAUCCAGACGCAGGCUGCAGUUCUGCCGGCCUCGGCCACGUUAAAGGCCAGCACCAUCCUGAGCACCAAACCUCCCAUCCAGCCCAGACCGGUGUGUGUCACCACCCUCCCCGUCCCCCAGACCCCCGCGCCGGCCAAGACCCUCAUACUGCAGGGCCUCCCCUCCAUGGACCAGACCAGACCCGUGGUCUUGUCCCAGUCCGUCUGUCUCGGUUCGGCUCCGGCCAUCGUCAAGAUGGAGCCCGUCUCCCCCAGCAUCCCCCAGCACUGCGCCAGCCCCACAGCUCCGCCCAGCGGCAAACCCAUCGUCCCGGCGACGGCGCCGUUACCCGGCAACACCUCCAACGACAUCGACAUGAAGGUGCUGAAGCGGCAGCAGAGGAUGAUAAAGAACCGCGAGUCGGCGUGCCAGUCCAGGAAGAAGAAGAAGGAGUACCUGCAGAACCUGGAGGCCCAGCUCCGGGAGGCCCAGCAGGAGAACGAACGCCUCCGCCGGGAGAACCAGACGCUGAGGGAGAGACUGGCCGGGAAAGAGGGCAGCGACUCGGCGAGCAACAAGAGAGCCGUGUGCGUCAUGGCCGUCCUGCUGUUCAUGACGUUCAGCUUCGGACCCGUCAGCAUCACAGACAGGAAGCUGUCGGGCCUGCAGGACGGCGUGGUGUCGUAUACGGGACGGCGGCUGCUGGAGUUCGAAAAACAACAACAACAACAACAACAACAUAAGCAGCAGCAGGCGGCGGCUCAGCCAAUCAGAGUGGAGGACCGAACGGAGACAGAGGAGGACGCAGGAGACGAGGCUGCGGACGCCUUUCAGUUCAGGAAUUUGAGCGAUGUGUUCAGUGACAUGAAGGAUCUGGUCCUGCAGGACAUCGACCGAUACUUCAGCUCCUCCGACUGCCGACAGUUCAACCGCUCCGAGUCUCUCCGGCUGGCAGAUGAGCUCCGGGGCUGGGUCCAGCGACACCAGAUCGACAGGAAGAAGUCUGGAGGGAAACCAAAAACCGCCAAGAAGGCCAAAAUCGCCCAGAAAGCUCAGCUGAGGAAGACGAACUUCUCCAGAUAUCUGCCGAUUCAGGCUCACCGCUCCUUAGAAAGGUGACGCACACGCUUCCUCACACACUCCUGACACCAGUUACACAAGUUUCAGUCCGAGUGUCAAGAGAAAUGCAAAAAAAAAGCUCUGUGAAACUGAAAGCUCGACUCUGUACUGAAAGUCAACCGGUUGGUUUCUGUCAGCUGUGUGGAGAGAACAAAACUGG